AUGUUAGUAAGAAGUUGGAUUAAAAUACCAAAUUCUUAUAAGUUUUAUAAGAAAAUUGCUAAUAAACAAAUUAUAGCAUUACCAAUAGUUUGUGAUUGCAGUAAAAGACAACAAUACAGGUCAAUUCAAACGACAGUCUUUAAAAAUUCUGAGAAAAAUGUAAACAGAAACGUAAUUAAUUUAUCUGGAGGGAUUACAAGAAACAACAAAGAAAGAAAUCAAAAAUCACCACAUUCUUCGAUGUCAUCGGAGGAACUACUUGAAAAACCUCACACAGAUUUUGGUGUUGAACAUUACAAUGAGCUACUUCAAGUGUACAUUGCCAAUAACAAUACACCAACAGCCAGCUCCUUUAUUCAACAAAUGGGAAAUGUACAACCAAACCUUGUCACUUGUGAAUUUAUUUUACAAGCACUUGGAGAGGGUGGCGACAUAAAUCAAGCAACAGAGGUUAUUGCAAACAUGAAAGCUCAAGGAUUACCUGCGACAGAAGAUGUAUUUAAUUCUUUAAUUAUUUGCCAGGGCAAAUCUGGUGAUAUACAAAAUAUUCAAGAAGUAUUGAUGAUGAUGAAAUCUCUUAAAUUUGAAUACUCAGUUGAAACAUGCACAGCCAUAGCAAGGGCAUAUGCAUUCAAAAAUAAAAAUGAAAUGGUACUAAAUGAAAUGACAAAAGCUAGAGCUAAAGGAUUGCAAUUUCAGGAAACCCAUAUCAUGAAAAUUGUUAAAACUUUAGCAUCAGUUGGGAUGUAUGAGACAAUACCUAAGGUGCUUAAAUUCCUUCCUGAAGAAAUUUUAAAAACACCUUCAAUAUCACCAUAUAUGCAAAGUGUUUGUACAUUUUUGGUGUUUCAAAACCAUCCCAUAGCAGCGCUAGAGAUUUAUAAAUGUCUUCCAAUUCCGUCAUUUGGCCCUAAAGAUGAUCAAGGGUUACAUGGAAGGAGCUUGGUUAGAGAUUGUGUCAAAGCAUCACUGCCAUCCAGUGUAAUUAGUCUGAUUGCUCAAGAAUUAAUGUCAUCUGGCCGUAACCCUAUUGCAAUUCAAAAUGCUUGCGAGGCUGCCUUACAGCUGGGAAAAGUUCCGCUAGCCUUAGAUUUGUUUACUAGAAUGAAGCAAAUGGGUAUGCCACUGAGACCUCAUUAUUUUUGGCCAAUAUUACUUCACACAUCCAAAACCUAUGGGGAAAAAGGUAUAAUGAACACUUUGUCAACUAUGGUAACAAUGGACGUGAAACCUGACUAUGAGACCAUUAUGCUGUACAGUCUGCCAUAUGUAAGCUUCACAUCCCCGCAAAAUCUGAUGAAGAAGUUCCAAGACGCUGGGCUCUCCGCUACCACUGUCCUCACGCCGAUGAUGGAGACACUCCUCAACACUGGUCAAGUCAGGGCGGCCAGUGAGAUUUGUGAAUUAUUUCAAGGGAAAGUUGAUGCAGAUAUGUUAUUACGACCACUUGUUAAGGGCUUUCUGAUGAGCUUAGACGUAAAAUCAACAGUCCAUAUCCUAGAGGACGUGACGGCAAAAGCCACAGACAAGGGCAAAGACUGGGUGGGCAGAUUCCUUUGCGUGUUUAUGCAACAUAAAAAAGUUAAGGGGGACUUAUCUGAUUUCAUGGCGAUAGUACAGGCCUUAAAGGAUACGUCUCUCAAGAUAUCGACCUGGGCUGCCGAUUAUUGUAUAACAAGACUACCCGACAACUAUGAUCAAGAAACUAUCGACAGAUUUAGGGAGGCACUUAUCGCUAUUACCGACGAGAGGCUGGUAGAUGACAAUGAAAUGUUCGUUGAGCAGAUGCCUCAUCCAAAAAAUAUGAACGAGGAGUCCCUUCGCGCACAUUUGAGCGAGCUGGAAGCUAAAGGCAUGAACACACGCGGCGUUCUGCGCAAGUUGCUACAGCAGUACUGUCGGGAAAAUAAUUUGCCAGCUGCUUUAGAAGUUGUCGACAAAUGUCGGAAAGAAGGCGUGUUCCUGUCGGCCGGUAUGAAGGCCGCGAUAUUCGACCUGCACGUGAAGAUGGGCGAGCUGGACUCUGCCGAGAUCGCGCUCGCCGAUCUCAACAAGAGCUCGCCCAACUUCACGCUGGACGAGUUCAAGGUCAUCGACUUUGCCACCCUAAUGGUCUACAGGGACAGGAUCGACGGCGCCUUCGAGCUGAUCAGCGAGCAGUCGAAACGGAGGCGAGUUAUAGGGGGGCACAGCAUAUCGAUGAACUGCUGGCGUUUGUUGGAUGCGGUAGCGGCGCGCGGUGGCGCCGAGCAGACUCGCAGAAUGUUCCAGCUGCUGACGAGCCUGCGAUACUGCAAGCCCACGAAUUCGAACCUCGGACCGCUGGUGCGGGCGCACUUAGUCAACGGAAAUCUGGAGGCGGCCGUGAAGGAGUUCGUGAAUCUGGCGAACAAAUAUGGCAAGACGCCGCUGAAGCACGAGCUGCUGUGCAAGAUGCUGCUCGCUAUGGGCGACGGCGGUUCUGAAGAGGCGUUUGCGGUGAACGAGAAGACGAACGGCAGCCUGAACAAGCUGGUGCAGACGGUGCUCGCGGCGGACAAAAAAGUGCACGGACCAGGCGACGUACAGUUAAGUCUAAUCGCGGCGUUAGCAGACGUCGGCUACAAGAAGACCCUGAGGAAACUGCUUCUCGACCCCGCGGUGAAGUUCCACCCGGACGCGUUGCUGAGGCGCUGCGAGCGUUUCGCGGACGAGAAGAAAGUGUCCGCUUUGGUCACAAUAGCCGAGUGCGUGAAGGACUUACGCCAUUUGCAACUGGGGGACUUGUACAACAUGAUAUUGGACGUGUACAAACGCGAAGACAACUGCAACGGGGCGCUGUCGCUGUGGAACAAAAUGCAGGACGAAGAUGUGACGCCCUCGCAGCGUUUCGUCAGCAACCUGUGCUCGAUGUUCAGCUCGAACAACAGAGAUAUACCGCCGGAACUGGCGACGCUUUUGGACAAGCAGAGCCAAAAAGCGUCCACCAGGUCC